AGUGAUGGAGGAAAACGAAAGUUGAACUGUGAAAUUGCCGCCAAUGUAUGAUAAAGAUUUUAUAUGACUUUUCGGCAGUAUCGUUUCUGUUGCAACCAUGAGUUUUUGAGUAGAAAAGACGUGUGGGUUCAUCCCGCUUCCUUGUAGUUCGAAUUUCAUUUACAUAUUGAACAGUUAGUGUCUACUUUGGUGUUUCUUCAGAGCUACUAGUACUAGAGUAAUGUAACCCCCCCCAGAACUUCCUUUAAAAAACCUGUACACCUUCUAUUUAGGACCAAGAUGAACAAGAUGUCAACAUUUCGCCGGGCGACACGGUCCUUCAUUGCAGUUAUCGCCGUCGCGUUCAGGCGGGACACGACCACCACCCCGUGCCUUCUUUUCCGAGCGGUCUCUGCAGCGCAAACGAAAAUCCCUGGCUCAUCUAAAGAAAUGCCUGCCCCUCCAGUGUCCGCCCAACAACAGCCCUGGUCAGGAGCCGCAACACGAGAAGUCGACGAGGAGCAAAGCGCAACCUCCAGCAAAGUAUCAAAAUGGUUGCCGAUCGGGCCCCGUGGUGUGCCCGCAGCUCCUACCUACCAUGAAUAUCAACCCGAACAAGUACUAAGUGUCUCAUCAUCCCCCGCGGAUAAUUUUCUCCGGCGCCACCGCAGUUUCGGCUCGGUCUCCACUAGAACUCCAUCUUCAGUGACGUCGCAACAUGCGGGUGCGAUUGGUUCUUCGUGGCAUGUGCUCGGGGAAGAUCAUGUUGAAGGUAGUGCCAACGAAGACGAUGAGUUCAAAUCCGACCACGAUACGCGAAAACUCACGAAAUCCACCGCCCUUCCCUCCGCUAGCAGCGACGAAGCCUCAUCUUCGGAAGUCUUAGACGGAAAAGCACCGCCGAUUUUAGGGGCGGCGGCGGCCUUUUGUCGGCAAACUUCGAAUAGAAGUUCUAGGAGUAGUAAGAGAAGUAGAAGCAGCACUCGCGGUGGCAACAAGCGCAAAGCGUCCUCGUCUUCACGACAAGCAGAGGCGGAGUGUGGUCCUGUGGUCUCAUCAACAAGAAUCCAGCAAUCUGCUUUUUGCGGCAUGACGCAGACUGGCCGCGAAGUUUCAUCUCCUGAAGACUCAUCUAGUGAGACAGACGAUCUACAAGAACUUGGAAAAUCUUCAAUAUCUCCGUUUUUUGCAACUGCUGUUUACCAGGACGAGACAGACCUUCCGCCAGCGCUGCCAUCUUCAAGAGUUUCUUUGGCUGAGGACCAAGAAGAGGUGCCCGAACUGCAAGAUCCACUCUCAGCCCUGCUGGACGCCCUGCUUGGCACAGCGGACGAGGAGCAUAAAAGUGUCAGGCCUGCGACUGAUUUUUCUCGCGGCUUGGUGCUUGCGAAACGAGCAACGGAUACUAGUGUGGGCUACUACGGUCGUCCUUUCGAAGAUCUGUCGGUCCGGAUUCAGCGUUGGGUGGAGAGGCACUAUUAUGGUGGUGGUCCCCAGGAUCAUCAUCGUGUGUUGCAGGAUGGGGACGAUAAACAGAAAAAGUCCACCUUUUACCUCCUGGACGUUGGCGGUGUCCCGCAACUCUCGCCGAUGGAACAAUUGUGCCCAUGUGGAAACGUGAAUCAGAGCGAGCAGCUGAUGUUUGCGCCCUCUUCCAAUAUCCGCCACAUCAGAACCGGGUUGACGAAGAGAUACAGCAGAAGCAGCUUAGAUUUGAUUCUGGACAACAAAAAGUUCUGCCUAAGCUGCGAAGGAGAAGAAAAGAGGUCCUCGCAAGAACGGUUUGACGUAAUGAACACGGCAGGCGAGCAGUGUAGAAGCGCCAGUUCCUGCUGUGUCCUGCCCGAGCUGGAGAACCAAGUGUCCCUGCUGUUUCUCCAGGACAUGCUGUGCGACUGUGACCAGCAGGGGAGGAAGACGUGCGGUGGGUUUCUGGUGUCGGACCAAUCCGCGAAAAGAUUACUGGAAAACUGGGCGCAGUUGCUGAAGCUGGACGAAGAUGUGGAGGUUGCCGGCACCGGAACAACUAGUCGUGCUGCAACUGGAAGAAGUGAGCCAAUUGCAGCCUACGUUGCGAUUCUCGUUCCCUACGGCCAACGAAAUACAAAAAUGCUGAAGUUUUUACGAGAUGCGGUGGGUAGCGGGUAUGUCAUUCGACCACGUCCUGCUCUAGGUAGUGUUGCAAGAGCAUCUUCAGACGGACCACCUGGUAGCAGAACACCAGCACCGCAUCAGGGCCCACAUGCUGCUGACGUUCAGGACCAACAUGAGGCAAUCAAAGUUACCGUGCAGGAGGGAUCGACGGCGGCCAGUCAGUAUCCUGUGCAAAAGUAUCUGAUACUCGUAUUGCCAUCAUGCAUUACAAAUCUUUGUCUUAAGGUAAAUCCGCAUUGCAAAUUUUCUCUCUCAUGCUGAGGAAAUUUGUAAUGCAUUUAUACGAGUGCGAUACCUAUUUGCAGUUCAUAGUCACGCAAUGGUGAUGCGGUUUGAAAAAAUGGACGACCUGAAUUUGAUAUCCAAUGCAAAAGUGUCUGGGUGUGGAAGAAUGCAUGUUUGUCAUGCUUGUCUGGAAUGACUCUCAAAUCUGUCAUGCACGUCACCCAAUAGCCCAGUUUUUCUGUGAUGCAGAAACGCAGUUUGUCAUGCAGAAUAGGCAACACCUAGAAGCUCAGAAACUUGUCAUGUUGAGCCAGCACUUGUGGCCUCAUCAUGAGACGCCGCCCAGCAUCACAAGUUUCCAGACCCAGACACUUUUACAUUUGAUAUUUGAGCUUUCUGUAGCGGGCGAAAGGCAGGAGGGAUCGACGCCAGCCAGUCACGCAAUGGUGAUGCGGUUUGAAAAAAUGGACGACCUGAAUUUGAGCUUUCUGUAGCGAAUAUCAAAUGUAAAAGUGUCUGGGUCUGGAAGAAUGCAACUUGUAAUGCUGUCUGCAGAUUCUAAAAAUAUCUGUGUUGCAUGAGCAGCAAGAGGAGUCAGCUCUUGGCACGCGGAGAGUGCAUUUCUCAUGCGUAAUUAGCAUCAAGAAGCUCUCAAAAAAUCUGUGAUGCUAGCACCAGCAUCACAGACCUCACGGGUCAUGCAAAAUGUGCAUGACAAGUCCCAUCUCUUCCAGACCCAGACAUUUUUGCAUUUGAUCAGGCAAUAAAAGUUACCGUGCGGGAGGGAUCGACGGCGGCCAGUCACUAUCCUGUGCAAAAGUAUCGUACUCGUAUUGCCAUCAUGCAUUACAAAUCUUUGUCUUAAGGUAAAUCCGCAUUGCAAAUUUUCUCUCUCAUGCUGAGGAAAUUUGUAAUGCAUUUAUACGAGUGCGAUACUUUUGCAGUUCAUAGUCACGCAAUGGUGAUGCGGUUUGAAAAAAUGGACGACCUGAAUUUGAUAUCCAAUGCAAAAGUGUCUGGGUGUGGAAGAAUGCAUGUUUGUCAUGCUUGUCUGGAAUGACUCUUAAAUCUGUCAUGCACGUCACCCAAUAGCCCAGUUUUUCUGUGAUGCAGAAACGCAGUUUGUCAUGCAGAAUAGGCAACACCUAGAAGCUCAGAAACUUGUCAUGUUGAGCCAGCACUUGUGGCCUCAUCAUGAGACGCCACCCAGCAUCACAAGUUUCCAGACCCAGACACUUUUACAUUUGAUAUUUGAGCUUUCUGUAGCGGGCGAAAGGCAGGAGGGAUCGACGCCAGCCAGUCACGCAAUGGUGAUGCGGUUUGAAAAAAUGGACGACCUGAAUUUGAGCUUUCUGUAGCGAAUAUCAAAUGUAAAAGUGUCUGGGUCUGGAAGAAUGCAACUUGUAAUGCUGUCUGCAGAUUCUAAAAAUAUCUGUGUUGCAUGAGCAGCAAGAGGAGUCAGCUCUUGGCACGCGGAGAGUGCAUUUCUCAUGCGUAAUUAGCAUCAAGAAGCUCUCAAAAAAUCUGUGAUGCUAGCACCAGCAUCACAGACCUCACGGGUCAUGCAAAAUGUGCAUGACAAGUCCCAUCUCUUCCAGACCCAGACAUUUUUGCAUUUGAUCAGGCAAUAAAAGUUACCGUGCGGGAGGGAUCGACGGCGGCCAGUCACUAUCCUGUGCAAAAGUAUCGUACUCGUAUUGCCAUCAUAGCUUUCUGUAGCUGAGGAAGGGCAAGGGCAAACGUAAAUCAAACGUAAAUCAAUCGGCAUGCUGCGCAUGUGACGACGCUUGACAGCAAGAAAUCUGUGGCGGUCUGCGGACGACGUUUCACCUCAUCAAGUCAUGCUGAUUCAUUGCAGUUGUUUCUGUCGUAGUGUAAGUAGUGUACUCAUAAUACUCGUCAUGGGGACGAUGUGUGCCAAAACGCAAGCCAAGAAAUUUUUCAACAAAUGUAUGCGGGUGCGGGAGCAGUGGUCUUCAGUUUCAGUAUUUUCUAUUGCAAGUAGUUACGAAUCUCAGUCUUCACUACUUUUUGUAAAAUUGUUGCAUGUGCAAGUGCAAGUAUUUUGUGUGAACCAAAUUAAAAAAACAACUCUAUUGGCACAGCAGUGAGUGACGUUGCACAUGUUGAUGCUCUUUCUAGUUUUCAAAAGAGUGAGAAUCGAUGUGUGCCAGAAUUUUUUCAAAAAGAAUUCAUACAAUAACUACGAAAGGGCGAGAAAAAGUGAAAAACAAAAGGUGCGCGGUGCUCCACCUCCUCCGCAAUUUCGAUUCUGAUGUCGGUAAAGGAGCGGUUGCCAAUCUUCAUCUUCAAAAAACAAUGAGUCAUGUUGCUGUAACUUGAGCACCAUGGACCCCUUCUUGAUUUUGCAUCACGAAAGUUUUCUUCAUGGGUCGAUAGUCUUCAACAAGCCUACGACGCCGCGCUCCUUGCAUUUUUCAAGGAAGGAGCCAGCAGGAACAACAGG